AUGUCCAGCAUUGGUUGUGACAAUCCAAACAUUCGCGAACUGACCUUCAUCACCCAUGAUUGUGGCAAUGGUGAGCCAGAUGAUGUCUUUAAGGACUGCAUGAAGGAUAUCUUCAGGAGUUACCGCAAUCUCACGUCGCUAACCAUCAAAAGCGAACGACUUAGAUGGUUCGAGAGUUGGGAGAAAGCAUCGACACUCAAAUCUUUGACCAGUCUUCAUCUUCAUACUGAUGUGAUAUGGAGAACGCGCUCACUCAAGUCCUACCUCGCGUCGCAGUCAACGAUCAAGACACUCACAUACUACAAAAGUAACACUAACUCAAAGGAGGAGAACACGCUGGUCCCAUUCCUCUUCAGCUCAAAGUGCAACAUAGACAACAUAUCAAUCAAUGUGUACUUUGGCGAACCAUUGCCAUUGGUUGAGCGAAGAUUAAGAUCAUUGACAAUGAGGCUAUUUCACAAUUAUCAAACAUACACAUCUGAUAUGGACAUGGUUCAAUUGUAG